AAUCGAAGAGCUGUUUACAUAAACCAAAACCGAUGUAAGAUUCAGUCGUACUUCUCGGGUUGGAGUAGACGACACAUAAGUUGAGAAAUUACGUGGGAAAGGUUGUACUUAGAGGAUCGACGCACGUUCAUCAAAAUGAGCGAAGAGACUGCGGAGUUCCGCCUACCGAUCAUUGACCUUGACAACGCCAAGGUCGACAAGCAGGCGGUGGCAGCUCAGGUGGUCGACGCACUGGAAAACAUAGGCUUCCUAUACGUCGACAACAUACACGGUAUCGAUUUUGACAAGUUGAUGGAGUGUUGCACGUGGUUCUUCGGUCAGACAAAGGAGGCGAGAGAGUCGCUGAUGAGAAAGCAUUGGAAACCGGAAAACAAGAACGUCUAUCGCGGAUAUUUCCCCGUGGUCGAAGGCGAGCCUAGUCGCAAGGAGGGGUUCGAGUUUGGGCGGGACAUUGACCCUAAUGACCCGACUGUCCAGCCCGGAAACUGGUUUUAUGAGCCGUCUGUUUGGCCAAAAGAAGAUGGGUCAUUUCCGUUCAAGGAGUUUUUGCUGAACUGUUACGAGAUCUUACACAACGCCAGUCUGGAUGUUUUGCGACUAGCAGCAGUCGGUCUGGGGAUCGACGAGCACUCAUUCGAUCCCAUAUUCGCUGACCGACCUGUCACAACUUUCCGUAUUAUGCAUUACCCUCCCUGGAACGGCGCUCCACCGGAAAACGCAAAGAUUGAAGACGGUAAGAUCGUAACCACACCUGACCACACUGACUCCAACUUCCUUACAAUGUUGUACACGUUCCACUACACGGGGCUGGAGGUGUUAACGGCGGAUGGGAAGUGGAGUGCCCCGGAACCGCGACCCGGUAGCUUCGUCAUGAACAUUGGGGACGUCUUCUCCCGCAUGAUGGGCGGGAGGUUCAAGGCCACUCGCCAUCGCGUUAUAGACAUUGGAGUCGACCGGUACUCCGUGCCUUUCUUUUUUGAGCCGUCGUAUGACGGCGACAUUGGGGUGAAUUUCAUGUCUCUGGCCACGGGCCAAGGGCCGGAACAUAAAGUGGAAAAAUACGGACCAUGGAUGAUUCAGCAAGUGAAAUAUAUCAAAAAGUACUUUGAAUACAAAGUGUUACCAGAGUUUUGAGAUGUUGCUUGGCGAUACAUGCUGCAACUUUCGUGUUCAAUUACUAAAUUUCAAUAUGUUACUUUUAAUAAAGAGCAAUGCAAUACCAUCAAAGAAUAUACAUCUUCCAAAUGUGUACUCUAUGAAUACAUUUUAGUGUUUAGUGAUGUUGCAUACAUUCUAACAUACAUUCACUUAUAAAGACAUGUAAGACAUUUUAAUAUGUAUUUAAUCAUUUGUUGUCAUAUCAUUUUAUUAAAUAAAUGAUUGUAAAAGAAAAUACAUUAAACAUUAUACUUUUACAAAUUGUAUCAACAAUUAACAUUUUUUGUAAUAGUUGUGUUAGUUGUAUUACAUAUGACAAUAACGAUGGUUUAAAAUGAAAUACAAAGUGCAAAUUACAUUUUAAAAUUAUAUUUACCGCCAAUAAACGAAAGUGUGUAUUGAGAAAUAUCGCAAACUGUACACGUGCUAUAUCUUAUUAAACGCUGGUUUACUUAACUUGUUACACUUUACUAUAUCAACAAUACUGAAGUGGCUGGCUCAUGUAUUUUACAGGCUGAUUUAUUUACUGAUAUAUUUUUUGUUACUGAACUAUUAAAACGAAUGCAAAGCAUUACCAAGUGCCUCUGUAAUUAUGGCAUUGUCAGUAUUACCACGUUGACUGUGGCUGCAACUACUUCUAGUAUUAAUACUGCAACAGCAGGUGUUAUUACUAUUUUUCCAGCGCCCUCGAAAUGAAAACCUGACCUAUAUUUGUAUUCACCAUAUUACAUCAGUAUAAAUUAUGGUGAAUAAUAAACUAUAUAAAAAUA